AUGUAUAUGGCCACCUUCAUGCCUGCCAGGCAGAAAGUCUGGGUCGGGGCUAUCCAACGGCGAGUCAGCAUAAUCUCCUCGGCGCUGAAAUCAAUGAAAAGUGUCAAGAUGCUCGGUCUAUCUCAAGUGCUCGCCAAUACCCUUCAGGCGCAAAGAGAGCGUGAAUUAGAUUUGUCCAGGAACUUCCGAUGGUUGAUCGUGUGGUUGAACGUGGUUGCGAGUUUGCCUCAGAUGUGUGCCUCUCUCGUUACGUUUGCGGCUUUCGUUAUUCGCGCAAAGAUUGAUCACUCGGAGACACUAUCGACCGUGCAAGCAUUUACAUCCCUUGCAAUCAUUAGUCUUAUCACAAGCCCGGCGCUACAGUUAUUGGCAUCAAUCCCGGCAAUAACUGCCGCUUUGGGUGCCUUUGACCGAAUUCACAAAUUCCUCACUUCUCCCACAGAUCACUUACCAGCCGAGAGAAGCCUGGACACAGAGUCAGACCUUUCUACCAGGAAUGGAUCGGCGGUCGAACUGAAGGUCUUGGCACCAAAGUCCUCCGACCAUGUUGUUCUAACCAUGACGGACGCUUAUAUCCGUCCAGCUACUGGAUCCGCGUUCUCCCUUGAGGCUAUCCAUCUAGUCAUCAAGACGGGUACAGUAACAAUGAUUACUGGCCCGGUUGGGUCUGGGAAGUCGACUCUGUUAAAAGCAGCCGUAGGGGAGAUACCAUGUAGCCAAGGAACGGUUACACGACUGCGGCCGGAUGCUGCCUAUUGCAGCCAAGUUCCAUGGCUCCAGAACGCUUCCAUUCGCAACAACAUAUGUGGUUAUACUGAGAUAGACCAUACCUGGUAUAGUGAGGUACUAAGGGCGUGUGCCUUAGAAGAGGACAUCUCUCGAAUGCCGGGGCGUGAUCAUUCUGUGGUCGGUAGCGGGGCUCUCAAGCUGAGUGGAGGACAGAAGCAGCGUCUGGCACUGGCUCGGGCGAUCUACUCAAGGAAAAACCUUCUGGUGCUAGACGAUGCACUAAGUGCUGUUGACAACAAGACCGCACAGUAUGUCGCAGAGGCUCUAUUUGGCGAUAAUGGAAUAUGCAGACGCAUAGGUGUGGCUGUAUUGAUGGCAACUCAUUCAGACCACCAUCUACGCUUCGCAGAUAACGUUGCCAUCUUAAACUCGAGCGGACGUAUCGAAAAACAAGGCCCCAGGCAGAGCUUAGGUUUCGCCUCGCAUGUAUAUCCUGACACCACGGAUGCCACUCCAGAGACCCCGACUGUCCUCACUGACAGCGGAGAGGAGACGUCUACCAAGAAAGUUGAAACACUGACUGUCGAUGACAUAGCUGAUAUAUCCCGCCGUAUGGGUGAUACUGCAGUCUACACCUACUACCUGAAGGCGAUAGGAUGGCGUCACACGUUGGUUGCCUGCACGAUUAUUAUUGUACACACAUUCUCCUCUGUGUUCCCUCAAAUAUGGUUGGAGUUGUUUACGGAUGACAAUGGAAAGAAGGCUGCCCAGUUUAUUUGUGUUUACGUCCUACUUGCUGUGGCCGCCUCAGGCUCGCAGGGACUAAUGAUAUGGCAAAUCAUGAUCAAGAUUGUCAUCACGUCAGGGCUGGGACUACACAAGAUUCUUGUCCAAACCGUAAUAAAUGCGCCGAUGCAUUUCUUCGCCGAGGUUGAUUCCGGAGUCAUCCUCAACAGGUUCAGCCAGGACAUGACACUUGUCGACGCUGUACUACCCACGAUGGCGUUUGGCACAGUCCUUAGUGUCGCACAGUGCUUCGCUCAGGUUGCCUUAAUCUCGCUGGGCUCCAGCUACAUGGCGCUGACAAUUAUUCCGUGCUUACUAGUAUUGUACUGCGCCCAGAAAGUCUAUCUACGGACAUCCAGACAGCUCCGGUUUCUCGAUCUGGAAGCCAAAAGCCCAUUGUAUACAAUGUUCGUGGAAACUCUUGACGGUAUCUCUACAAUUCGCGGCCUUGGCUGGCAGCGGUCAUUUGUAGCAGAGUGCUUACGCCGGCUUGACGAUUCGCAAAAGCCUUACUACCUUCUCUAUUGCAUCCAGCGAUGGCUCAACGUUGUUCUUGAUCUUCUUGUUGCUUGCUUGGCUGUGAUACUAAUUGCACUGGCAACCUCGUUACGAAGCUCGACCGAUCCGGGGAAACUGGGAGUUUCAUUGACUGCGAUUAUGGCGUUCAGCCAGACCCUGCAGGAAGUUGUGACCAGUUGGACGGGCCUGGAAACAUCCCUUGGUGCAAUUGCACGGACAAGAUCUUUUGAGAUGAAAACACCCACUGAGUAUCAACCCCAGAAACCAGUGAUCCCUUCGUCAACUUGGCCUGUUGAUGGGAAUAUUGAGAUCAGGUCUCUUUCUGCUUCCUAUGAUGGCGUCACACGUGCGCUAGACGAAAUCAAUCUGACCAUAAACCCUGGGGAAAAGGUGGUUAUACGUGGACGGACUGGCAGCGGGAAGAGCACACUGGUCUCGGCCCUUCUUCGACUGAUUGAUACCCAGAGCGGCACGAUUACAAUUGACUGGAUAGACAUCUCCACCGUUCCACUAGAUGUACUCCGAUCUCGUAUUAUCGUCAUUCCCCAGGACCCUUUUCUACUCCCUGGAUCUAUCCGCUUCAACCUGGAUCCGACUUCUCGAUCUACAGACCCAAUUUUGCUUUCAGCAUUAGAAAAGGCUAAUCUGCUCUCUCUUGUCACGUCGCGUGGGGGGCUGGAUGCGGAAUUGACACCGACCUCCUUGUCCCAAGGCGAGCAAAGAUUGUUUGCGUUGGCAGUUGCGCUGGUGCGGAAAUGGAGUCGCGACAGUGAUGCUCGCGAUAGCGGCGGCAUUUUGAUUCUUGAUGAAGCAACGAGUGGCACGGACGCUGUCACUGAUGCGCUGAUGCAGAAGGUUAUCGAUGAUGUGUUCGGUCGAUAUACGUUUCUCCAUGUAUCGCACCGGCCUGAUAGUGUGACGGGGGCAGAUCGAGUUAUUGAGAUGGAAAAUGGUCGUAUCGUGAGGGACUAUCCCUCCACUUAG